ACCUGGAAUAGCAAGAAGCCAGGCUGGGGCGGCCGAGCCGUCGGGAACUGCAGGCCCGCAGAAGCGCCGGGUACCUGCAGUCCCUGCCUUUGGGCGUGAACGGCUGAUCCGUAGUUGACUGUGACGUGGAGGAGGAUUGGCGCUGGAAUUUUGAAUUCCAAAUUAUGUCCAAAAUGCUCAGUCUUCUCCCAACUAGGACGGACCAGACAGUACAGAAAAGCGGACCCCGCUAAUUCUGGGAUUGCAUUUUGCGAAGGAUUCUCCUUGAGCUUUGCACGCAGCCUCGGGUAGGGAGGCAUCAGAGCCUCUGGCCCACACAGCGAGUGGACAGGGAGUCGGAGGCCCGCGCGCCCCUAGCCAUGUCGCCUCCAGUGCCUCGCGCUUUUGCGUGGCCCGCCAAGGGUUCCCAGGACUGGCCAGGGUUGUUUCCCACCCGCGCGCUCUCCCUCACCCCCAACCAAGCCCAGCCCUUUUGACUUCCAGCUCCGUCGCUCCCGCCUCCGCCCCCGCCCAGGGUGGCCCUGGAGAGCCCGACUUCGCCCGCCCCUGCUGGGACCAUGGUGUUUCUCUCCGGAAAUGCUUCCGACAGCUCCAACUGCACCCACCCGCCCGCACCAGUGAACAUUUCCAAGGCCAUUCUGCUCGGGGUCAUCUUGGGGGGCCUCAUCCUUUUCGGGGUGCUGGGGAACAUCUUAGUGAUCCUCUCCGUGGCCUGCCACCGGCAUCUGCACUCGGUCACGCAUUAUUACAUAGUCAACCUGGCGGUGGCCGACCUCCUGCUCACCUCCACGGUGCUGCCCUUCUCGGCCAUCUUCGAGAUCCUGGGCUACUGGGCCUUCGGCAGGGUCUUCUGCAAUAUCUGGGCGGCGGUGGACGUCCUGUGCUGCACCGCGUCCAUCAUGGGCCUCUGCAUCAUCUCCAUCGACCGCUACAUCGGCGUGAGCUACCCGCUGCGCUACCCCACCAUUGUCACGCAGAGGAGGGGGCUCCGGGCUCUGCUCUGCGUCUGGGCGUUGUCCCUGGUCAUCUCCAUCGGGCCGCUGUUCGGCUGGAGGCAGCCGGCCCCCCAGGACGAGACCAUCUGCCAGAUCAACGAGGAUCCCGGCUACGUGCUCUUCUCCGCGCUGGGCUCCUUCUACGUGCCGCUGGCUAUCAUCCUGGUCAUGUACUGCCGGGUCUACGUGGUGGCCAAGAGGGAAAGCCGGGGCCUCACAUCCGGCCUCAAGACCGACAAGUCGGACUCAGAGCAAGUCACGCUACGCAUCCACCGGAAAAAUGUUCCCGCAGGAGGUGGUGGGGUGACCAGCUCCAAGAACAAGACGCACUUCUCAGUGCGGCUCCUCAAGUUUUCCCGGGAGAAGAAGGCAGCCAAAACGCUGGGCAUCGUGGUCGGCUGCUUCGUGCUCUGCUGGCUGCCCUUUUUCUUGGUGAUGCCCAUUGGGUCUUUGUUCCCUGAUUUCAAACCCUCAGAAACAGUUUUUAAAAUAGUGUUUUGGCUCGGAUACCUAAACAGCUGCAUCAACCCCAUCAUAUACCCGUGCUCCAGUCAAGAGUUCAAAAAGGCCUUUCAAAAUGUCUUGAGAAUCCAAUGUCUCCGCAGAAAGCAUUCUUCCAAGCACACCCUGGGCUACACCCUGCACGCCCCCAGCCAUGCCCUGGAGGGGCAGCACAAGGACAUGGUGCGCAUCCCGGUGGGAUCCGGAGAGACGUUCUAUAAGAUCUCCAAGACUGAUGGGGUCUGUGAAUGGAAAUUUUUCUCUUCCAUGCCCCGUGGAUCUGCCAGGAUUACAGUACCCAAGGACCGAUCUUGCACCACUGCCCGGGUGAGAAGCAAAAGCUUUUUGCAGGUCUGCUGCUGCGUGGGGCCCUCAACCCCCAACCUUGGAGAAAACCACCAAGUUCCAACCAUUAAGAUCCACACCAUCUCCCUCAGUGAAAACGGGGAGGAAGUUUAGAGGACGGGGGAAGGUCACAAGGAAAGGGGUGAUCCUAGAUACCUUCCCACUUCCUACUCAAAAGACAGCUCACCUUCCUUGGAGGAAAAGACAGGAGCAUUCAACAAGGGUACACCAGGCAAGGGAUGGGGGAGGAGAUCCAACUCACCAGGCAACGCAUAAGGAACAGGAAAGAGGCUGGAAAUCUCCCAACCAACAGGUUCAGAAUGAUUCUAGACAACAUAUCUCUGCACCUGAUUCUCAUUUGUUUUCUAGUCUGCUUUCCACCACUGGCCCUUUCAAUGAGAAAUACCAUGGGAAACAGAAUUGCAUACACAAUCCGAAAGACUAUAAAUACAGGAUUAUGAUUUCAUCAUGAAUAUUUUGAGCAUUCACUCUAAGUUUGGAGCUAUUUCUUGAUGGAAGUGAGGGGACUUUAUUUUCGGGCUAAACCUACUGACGCCACUGUUGACAUUUAUGGAGAGGAACCCUAAAGAGAAUUGGGAGAUGAUGGCCAACACCCAGGCACAUUACUUGUAGAAUGAGUUUUAAAGCUCCACCAUUUCUGAUACAUCCAGUUUCUCAGCUUGGGUGAAAUAGAUAGUGAGACUUCCCUGUGGCUGCACUUUGAUGGAAUACUGUGCUUAUCCCCAAGGAUGAGGGUUAGGGACACUCUUGCUGCAGAAUGAGGAGGCUCAUGCUCCACCCUGUGAAAAUCUUUUCGUCAUCAGAUAAGAACAAUAACAACUGCCUCCACGUAAAGCUGGAGAGUGGAGGACCGACUGGGGAGAGGGUGCUUUUCUCAAGAGAUUACAGUACACAUGAGGCUCAUCUUCACAAAUUAACUGCUAAGGUCAAAAACCUUUCAGCACUUCCAAGAUCAGAUGUGGAGAGGCUUCUAGUGCAUCACACUGAAAGAUCAGCAGGUUGAGGGUGCUAAUUUCAUGCUAAGCUAGCGGCUGCCAAAUCACUCCACAGCCUUUUGGAUGUGGCCUAGAAAAUUCUUGACAAAUUACUUGCCUUUCCCAGAGCUCCGUUAUGAAAACCCAGAGCUUGUAUUUCAAAAGGCGAAAUGACUGACUUCCACUUCUUGUCACCUGCUUCACUCCUGCAUCAGGAAUGAGGGUCACCUGCGGCACACUGGAGUGAGCCUUGAGACCCAGGGACACCCUUCCUGGACUUGGAAAGAUGUCAGUGCUUAGUCUCGGACACAUACUGACUGGUUACCAAAGAACUGCCCAAAGCAGGGGUUUGCAAACAUUUUUUCGGCAGAAAAAUCUUUAUUCCAGCAAAAGAUCCCACAGCCCACUCAGAUUCAUCCAUACUGCUUCCUAUAGGAAAUUGGGCAACAUUUCUUGCUUCAUAUCUACCAAAUUUUGAUAAACCUUAAUAACUCAGAUUAUUGCUAAUGAUGACAGUGGUAACUAUAUGUGAAAAUUAAAAUAUGCCUGUUACCCCACCAUGAGAACUUAAAAUAUGAUUCAUGUUUUUUGAAUAAUUCCUGACAAGAAUCAUUGAUCUAAAACUACUGGUCAUUUCUGUGGCCCCUUCCUUAUUUGUGUGACUUCCUCCAGGAAUUUCAAAGCAGGUUGGAGACGUUGUAUAACCCUCCAGCAAGAAUCAUGGCCCAAUCAUCUCUCUUUCAGCAAAAUAAUUAUUUCCUUAAGUCUUGCUAAAAGCAAAUCUCUUUCCACAUUGCAGUGGAGGAUAUGUCUAUAUGUGGAUGUAGGUUUUGUGAAUGGCUGUGUUUGGGCUUUGAACGCAGCUGCUCUCUCCACUUUCUGGACAGUGUCUUAUUAACAAGAUAAAUAGAUACUUGAUGUAGUCGUAAGAACAUAGAUUCUGACACUUAGAAGAUGGCUGGAUUUUUAGACUCUACAAGUCUCUCUGCCUGGCCCAUACCAGUUCAAGCAGAUACAGAGGUCUCAUUCUAGAGGCGGACACCUAGGAAGAACUUGAAUGUGAAAGCCUCCUGAUUUUCUGCCUUGGCAGGACAGAAGCUUCAUCACUGAGAAAAGCUUCUUUCAAAUUCUGAAUUUAAAAAUUACUCUUGGCCUUGGCUUCCCUUUACAAAAAGAGCAUCUUCCUGGGGAGAAUGAUCAUAACCUGUCUUCCUCAAAAUGUGAUCCCGUAUUAGACAUGAUCAUGAAACACGUCUGUGGAUAAAUUUACAUUGUAGAUGUGGGAAAGUGUAUGAGCACCCGGAAGUUAGUGUUAAUGCCACUUGUAAUCAAAACACACAACUAGAAAAUCUUUUGGUCAUCAGAUAAGAACCAUGACAAUUGUAUCCAUGUAAAGCUAUCCGUAAAUAAUUGUCUGCUACACUCUUCCCCAGCACACUGCCCUCUAGGGAGGUAAACUUUUAACAUGUUUCCCCUUUCCCAUAGCAUGAUAUUGGGUAUAAACAUGCCAAUUUUAUAAAAAAAAAAUUGAUGUUACUCAGAAUUCAGUGAUAAAGUGAGAUAAACAGCACACAAGUUGAGAUGCCUUUCACUCAUCCACAAAAACAUCUGUACCUUUAAGCAUGCCAAAAACUAUCUAAAAUUGUCACAGCUAAACAAGUGAUUGUCAUAUUUAUACUCCCAUGUUUACUGCUUCUAUUUGGAGCUGGAGGAAUUUACCCAGGGUAACACUGGUUAAAAUGCCUUUGCUAAUGUGUUACAAAAAGCUGUUGCUUUGGGACUGCCUGAACGUUGCAAAAAUCAGUGACAUUAUGGGACAGUCAAAACUUGAGUUUAUUCCGCAGUAGUUAUAUGCAUAAGAAGGAGCCUUAAAUCUCUUUAUUCAAAAAUUUCUGGGGCCGGGGAUAUAGCUCAGUGGCAUGGCACUUGCCUGGUAAGCAUGAGGUACUGAGUUUGAUUCUUGUUUCAAAAAAAUUUUCCCAGACUAUAAAAGUGUUUCAGAAUUCAUUUUACUUAUCACAGUUUUCUUCCUUUUCUUUUCUCAUAUCUCAUCCAGUUCUGCUUCUGGUGUAAUUACUUAAUGUAUCCUACACUUCCCAAAUUGGGAAGUCUCCUAAUUCCAUCACCACCUGCCUAGGUUGGUCCGCCCCUGGCAGACAGUCUCUUAAGCUUUCUCUGUUAGGUGUCCCUGUGUCAGCAAUCCUUGGCUCUAGACUCCUAACAACUCCACUCUUCCUAUUUUAGAAAUGAAAAUCUGAUGGUUGAGUUAAUCAAGUGCUUGGCCAAGGGCAAGGAGGAUCUGACUUAAACUUGAGUCUGACCAACUCUAAGCAUUCUCAUUCUCCACAGCAUCUCUAUGCCACACGCAGUGAGGGACAAUAACCUCCCACUUGGGUUAGGUGUGUGAGGAUGCCAAACUUCGAAAUGUUUUGUUUCCUUGUGAUUUACCUACAAAUUAACCUUGGCAAAUAUGCUACCCAGUCUCCAACCCAGCCAAAUCCAAGAGCAGGUAGGCCAUCAUUGAGAGAGGCUGGUGUCUAUCAUGCUCUCAGACUGCACUACUUUUUUAGGGAAAUGGCCUGCGAUGUUAAAAGGCUUGGUAAGAAGGGCACUAAUAUCAAAUUAGGAAACAGUGGGCAUAUGAGAGAAUGCAGAUAAUGCCAGGCGUAGCGGUGCACGGCAGCAAUCCCAGCACUUGAGAGGCUGAAACAGGAUCAGAUACAUAAACAGAUACAACAUCAUGCUCACUCCCCCGCAUUCCAAAUUUUUUUGGUUUUUGCCUGGAAAGGAAAGGACUGUAGGCAUUGCCGAGAAUGUGCUGAGUGUGUGAGUUUCAUGGAUGCCACCCUGAGAGAAGGGCUCAGCCUGCUGACCUUCAGGUAGUGAGAGACCCAGGCAGCCACCCAGGUUGGCAGCUGUGCUAUGCCCAGGAAACCCACCCUUUCCUCUCUCACAAAUGACAGCUAUAGGUCCGAGCAUCUUGGCCUCCCCCUUGACUUCCGCAGUGUGAACCAUCACACAGACACGCUGGUCCAGUAGGUUCCUGAGUUUCAGCCUGGGAGUGAGAACAUUUUAGGAACCAUUUACUUGGGCAGCUAAUUGUUCACUCUUUAAUCACACAGCUAUUUAAUCAGCCUUGACAAACAUUCUCAUGGCUUCUGGAGAGAGUGCUGCGCAGGUCCUCGUGCCAAAAUAGAUCUUCCUUCUACGCAUGAAUAGUUGUUGACUUAAUUAAGGAAAGAGCUUUGUUCGCCAGCACAGGGAGAAAGCAAAAAGGUGGAAGCUGAGCAGGUAGAAAGCCAACUCUCCCAGCAGGAGCCAGGGUGACAAAAGAGAAGCUACGGGUGGCAAAGAUGGAGCCAUCAGCGGUCACUCACUCAUCACUCAUCUCUUUUUACACUACUAGGACUUUUAACCAUGAAACCACCUGUACACAGCUCCGGUCAAGCUCCCUUGGAACACUGGUUGCUCCUGCUCCGUGUCUAUGAACUCCGCUGGGAGCAGGGCUGAGUCCACCAUCUUCCAAACACAAUGGCAGCAGGGUCCACUGGCCUCCAAAGUCCCCGCAAGAGGAGUGAGUGGAGAUGACGGUUUGGGACUGGGCCGGAACAGCUGGUUAGGAUCUCAGCAGAAGGCGCUGACCCCUUGCCACUGUGGCCAUCAGUAUGACCUUGUUCAUGCCCUCCAGACCCAAAUAUCGUGUGGGUGGGCUAAGAAUGAGCCUCAUCUGCUCUGUGCAGGAAAAUGUCAUUUCUUCACAGCCACUGCAAUGUGGAUUAUGGGUUUCCCCGCAUAGAAGGAAGAGGCCAGCUGUGGGGGUAGCAGGGACUGUGGAUAAGGGGGAGACAGCAUAAACAGGACUCAAAGCAGGGUGCUGUCCUAACGCUUUGCUGCAACUGGUAAGCAAGCAACUAGCCAAAAGCUGGUGAUUUAUUCAUUUCAAAAGAGAAAAUAAUUACCUCUCCUGUCACAAGGCUGGGGAGCUAUUACAUUACUCUCCCUCUGUAUCCAUGUAGACACAUGCUAAGCUGGAAAUGAUUAUUGCAAAAUGAAGAAAAGUACAGACUCAAUUAGGUUUAAAAAAAAAAAAAACCUGAGAGCAAUGUAUACUGUAUUUAAAGAAAACUGUGAUGCAGACCCUGGCAUUUUAAAUAGCCUGAAUACAGUAGGUGAAUUUAAACAUGAAGAGAAGUAAAGACAGAGGAUCCCAGCAGGAGCUUUAGAUUUAUCCCUGUGAAACAUUGCACACUUGUCAAAGUAAUUUCACCUGCUUUGGGUCAUUCCUGUGAUUGAUAGGAAGAGAAGGAAGGGCUUAUGAUCGGUCCUUGGCACAGGGAGGAAUGAGGGGUUGUUCAAAGAUUUCCUUGAAACCCACCCCCCAUCCAGCCAUUGACUCCUUUUUCUUUGAGAUCUCAGUAUCACCGAGGUCCACUUUGCUGUCACACUCUUUCAUCUCCACCUUCUCUCCAGCGCUCUCUGCCAGCUAUCGACAGCUCAGGGCUCUUCUCAGGGUCCAGUGCACAUCCACCGUGCUCCUCUCUGUGGCUGACAGACAGGCACUUUGGAACUCUGUUCUUUCUCCCUAAAUAGGCAGCCCCAGAGCCACAGGGCUGAGGGAAAAGGCAGGGCAGGAGGCUCUCAGUUUGCUCAAUGAGGUGAAAUGUAAAGCAAAGCCCAAGAAUGACAGUCUCCGCAAGGUCCUCAGAGGUCCCACAGGGAGUUGCAGGAAUUCAUCUUUGCACUGGGAGCUACGACCCCCUGUACACACACUGACCGUCAGCAGCAAAUUACCUCUCUUGCAUCCAACACUGCCCUUGGCACAAAACCUGCAGUGAGGCUCAGACAGUCCCCAGCUUAUGAGCUGGCUGGAGCCCAGGGUCAUCUGUGUAGAAGUCAAGAAUGUGUUUUUCCGAGAGGCAUUGUUCUAAGUGAGGGAGGGGAAGGAUGUUCCCAGAUAAACCAAAAAAAUAAAAUUCUAUUUAAUGUACACCAAGAGUUGCCAAGCUUUUUCUGUAAAAGGCUAGAGAGUAAAUAUUUUAGGCAUUAUGAGCUAUAUGGUGUCUAUCAUGCAUUCUUCUGUGUUUUGACUUUUCGGGAAGAAAAUGGACAAUCUUUUUUAAAAGACUUCAGCAAAUUCAGCCCCUGGACCACAACAUACCACACAUGACCUGUGGCAUCACAGCUUCCGGGUAGUGCAGGUGACACUAAAUGGUGGCUUUUGGUGCUCAGCAUACAAGCAGCCUUUUUAAAACAUGUCACUGACAUAUCUUGCCUGGGCUGAACCUAUGUGAGCUGCUAGAUAAAGUGACAUCAUUCUUUGGGACCUUCCGAGCAGGUGUCAGGAAAGCAGGUGAGCACCUGCCUCGCUUGACCCCCGCAUCCUGUGGAACAGGCAGUCCGCAGGUGCCCAGGUGAGUGCAUGGAUCCCACUCGUGACCUUCUGGGCAGUGGGCCAUGACAAUAUGCCGACUCUGAGCUGCAGCAACAAGUAGCUGUUACAUGACCAAGGCCAUCCUCCCAGACCCUUGGAAGUUGGUGACAUGGAGGUUCCCAAAAGCUUUUUGAGAUCACACUUGCCUUCUUGGAGAGGACUUUUGAGCACAGUGCCCUGCACCAGGGCAUCUGAGAGCUGCUUGGAGCUCAGAAAGCAGUCACGGGACACAAAGAGAUGGUGUCUUCCAAAGGACAAAUGGGAGGAUUUCAAUCCUUUUCUUCGUGCUUUGUUUCUUCUUUCCCCAAUUUUCCUCUUCUGGUAAGUCUGAAAUCACCUAACUAGAAUAGAAGUGCUAAGGACAGUGCUAUGGGGAGGCACAGUUAGCCUUCCUGGGGAUGUGGAAGCAUAUUUCCCUGAGCUGGUGCUUUUGUGGGUCCCCUUUCCCUUCCUCAGUCCAUCCUGAUGGCGGUGAGGAAGAAGAAAACAGUCCUGGUUGGAAAUAAAGCUCAGUUCCCAUAGCCUAGGGCAGGAGCUAGAGCGUUGACUGAGGGGACUCUGUGGCCAGGCUCUGGAGUGGGGCAUUUGACAUAGUGGAUGCAGAACUGACCUGGAGGGAACUGGAAAUCAAAGUCGCUUAGUAGUAGCACCACUUUCUCCUUCGGGCAUGAAAGAAGGGCUUGGGCAGGCUCUAUACAGUCUGCCACUCAUUAUGGGCAGAGAUGGGAGACCAGCUGCACAGAAACUAGGAAAUACCCAGGAAGGCUCAGGUAGUAGUGGAUGAGCCUCGGAACUCUAAAAAGUUAUGGUACUAUCCUAAUUUGGGUGCAGAGCACAUCAGUAGGGAUUCAGGGCUGACUGCCACCUCCAAGCAUCCCAAAGACAUCUGUGCCUGGGAGAGCAGAGCCUUAGCACUGAACAGACCCUUGACUCUGAAGGCAGGAUGAGAAAGAACAAGGUGGGGUCAGAAGCAGCCCAAGGACUGGUCCCAAGUCACAGCUGUAGGUAGGCUAAGGCUGUCUGCCGCACACUGGGACUGGCAUAGAAAAUGAGUGCAAGAUCUUUUAGGGAGCUUUCUUCUGUUCUGUCUCGUGGCCUAAGAAAAGCAGAAAGGUGGCCACAUCAACCUCAUGUGACGUGAGGCAUGGGCAGCCACUCCUGAAAACAAUCCUCUUAAUUCAGACCUUCUGAGACCCCUGAAGUCCCCUCUGCCCAAGCCUCUCUGGGGGAACAAUGCAGUGCUGCCUCUUCCAGUGUGACCCUAAAGCACCUUGUCCUGUCCGCCUUCUCUUGCAGUAUUCUAUCCCACUUCUGCUUUAUCAACCCACCCAUGCCUCUUAUUGCAGAGAAGUCGAUGGCCCUAGUAGUCCCACCAUGACAGCCAUGGAGAUUCCCUCCUCCAUCAGUUCCUGCUGAGAAGCAAGGAACAUUUGUCCUCAUUAGCAAGGCCCAGGUGCUCUAACAGCUGGCUCGGCAUCUGCAGGUGUGAUUCCUGUGCAAAAGACGCUGUUGCUUUGGUCUCCUGCCCUCUCUUCCCAUCCCCAGGCACUCUGAGAUUGGAAGUAUUUCUGAUCCCAAAUAUCAGCCACAGUGGGACAUCCUGCCACCUAAUUCAUGAGCUUCCGUCCAAUCUAGAAAUGCCAGAGAGAAAGUCACACAGAAAGGCAGGACCUACACAAACAAUCAAAGCAUCCUAGCCCAGACCCAGGACUUACUAUUGAUUCAUCCACUAAAAUAGUCUUUCUGGGGCUGGGGAUUUAGCUCAGCGGCAAAAGCGCCUGCCUGGCAAGCGCAAGGUCGUGAGUUCGGUUCCCGGUACCGGAGAAAAAAACAAACAAACAAACAAAAAUAGUCUUUCUUCCCACCUGAUCUGCAUUCCUUUUGUAACCCCGGCUUUUCUUUCAUUAUGAAAUGCAUUCCACGAACUGAGCUCUUAAAGGUUUGAAGACCCAGAGCCCAUUCAUCAAGAACUGAGCAUCGGGAUGAGCACGUCUUGCCUCCCAGCAUCUCUGCUUUCCUGGUGCCUGCAUCAUACCAGAGGCGACAGGCAUUGUAAAUCACAACGAAAGAGAGGACACCGGCGAAUAGUAGGAGGAUGAGCAGCUUUAAUCUGCAAGCAAGGUUGCCCAAAUUCAACCUGACAAGUAGGGAGGCUUUUUAAAACUCUGCUACAAAGUAAUUUUUAUAGCAAAACAUGGAAGUAGUACAAAUAUUUAAGUAAUAAUAUAUUGCCAGGUGCCCAAAGACUUUUUAUAAGAUGAAACAGUGGAGAGUAAUUAAAUUAAAAGGAGGUCUCUUGCUUGCUGUCAGCUUGGUUUGGGGAAGCUGGGCUGAUCCACACCUUUGUCUUCUUCACAUCCCAAGCAACCCUGAUACCUAUGCUUCAAGUGAGAGCUGACACUCACUUCAGCCCUGAAAACCCAAACCAAAGCACACGCUUUUCUCAUCAGAUGUGCAGGAAUUUUUGUCUCUGGGCAUAACAAGUUACACGGGGUCCACUUCGCAGUAUUUCCACACAAACUAACCCACUAUUGCAGACAUCCAAUUCUCUUGCUCCUUACCAUGUGACUGUGACAGAUCGUGCAGGGUUAAGUCUUAAAUACGAAAACCUGUAUUUCUGGAGCACCUGCAGCAAACCAAGCCCUGUGCACAUUUCAAGAUGGUAAGGCACUAGAUUCUAGUCACAUUACCAAAGAAGCAUUUCCACAGAGAGCCAGCACAGUGAUACUGAAGGGAGAGGAAGAGAGGGGUGAAGUCUAUAGGGGAAAGGAAGAAGCCUAAAAAGUUGAGCCUGCAUGUUCUGUCUUCCGGAGCACUCCUCUGGGAACCUCAACCUGCCCUUCCCUGAGCCGGUCACAGGCAGGAGCCAGAAGAGGAUUGAGAGAGGUGCUGUGGGAAGAGCGAAGGAGUGGGCCUCCCAGACCCGGGCUCUGGUGCA